GGCGGGGGGAGCACGGAGAGCACGGAUCUGCAGGCGUGGGAGGGGAGAAUAUAUGAACUGGCCCACUAGUCUAAGCUAGAAGGAGUUAGAACCGCCAGAACAGCCAGAAGCAGUUUAGCUGCAAUUAAUAGCGUCUUGGCUGCAUGUCAAAUCGGUUCCCCGUGUGGGGUGAUUGCAUCCCAUCUGUUUCCUGUAAUCUAUCCAGCAUCCUGCUCCCUCUGCAGUCUGCGCUGCACUGCCCUUGCAACAAUAUGGACGGGUCGCGCAGAUACCAGCCCUUCAAGGCCUGCGACGCGUGUAGACGGCGUAAAGUGCGCUGCAAUGGCCAGCAGCGCUGCCAGCAGUGCACCCACCUCGACCUGCGCUGCACGUACACGGACAACAAGGCUGCGCGAUCGCGCAAGAACGCCCUCCGUCGAGGAACCCAUAUCUUAGAAUACAAGAAAUCUCCAGAUCAAAAUGGCGGUGAUUCACUGUGCCCUUUAUUACCCGUGGGGGUAGGACCGGCCUCUCCGCCAGACAUGUCUCUCCCGCUAUCGAACGACUACCUCCAUGGACUAAUACCUAAAUACAUGCUAUAUGUAUACCCAUUCAACCCGAUAAUGACCAGCGACGACAUCAAAGAUUCCAUAUCCAAGAUGGACACGGACAGAGACCACGCGGCGUUCGUCUACGCCUUCACCGGGGUCACCAUCGACCUCACGCAGUCGAAUAUCGCAACAUCGCACGUCUCAGAGCAAAUCCAAGAACUCGCGCGGAGGGCUGUAGAGCUACGAACGCCUCUCCUGCCAGGGGUUCGCCCGUCUGUCCUGCGUAUAGUCACCUCGGUCUUCAUCCAAAUGUGCUACAUGAGCCUGGGCCACUCCGACCUGGGCUUCUUCUACCUGCGCGAAGCAAUCUCCAUCUUACAACUCCUCCAUACCGACGACAAAUCAUUAAUGGAAGCCCUCGAUCUGACAGAGCGAUCUCGCCGUCAACGCCUCUACUGGCUGUGCUUUAUCCACGAACGCUUCGUCUCAAUCGUGCACUUCUCCCCUACGACUCUCUCCCCCUACACCGAAUUCCCAGAAGACGACCCAGCCCUGGGAGCAGAGAUCAACCACGGCUGGACACAGGUAAUAAAAACCUUUCUCCUCCUCGAACCAACCUUCAUCAACCUCUGGAUUGGCGACCGCAACCAGGUCACAACAGCCUGGGUCGAGCAGAAACACCGCGAGCUCGACGACUCACUAUGGGAUCUCGAAGUCUCUCUCCUAACAGACAUGCAGCAAGCCGACCUCGUCGUCACCCGGCAAUGGAUGCGCACACUACUCUGGCAAAUGGCCAUGUCGAACUGUCUCCUCUCCUCGAACGCCUCAUGCCCGAUCUUCUCGCUGGAGAUGCCGCUGACACUAUCGAACCAGCUGCGCCAGUUCCUGACCAAGAUCGAGCAGAACACGAUCCAGAUCCACGGGUCGUCGAUUCUGAGCAAGCUGCUGGAGAUUGUGAAUACGAUUGCGGAUGUGGUUAUCCAUGGGCCCGUGGUGGGGUUGGAGGAGACGACGAAGAGGAUUGAUGAUAUUGUGUUCAUGAAGAAUGUGAUCUUUACGUUUCGGAAUUUGCAGGCGAUGUCGAGGCGGAUUUUGGUCGAGAAGAUGGUCACCAUUAAGGAGAGGUUCGAGCAUGUUGCUGUUGCGGCGGAGUUGGUGUGGGAUGUAUAUUUUUAAUAGUAUACCCUUUGAACUUAUAUCCUUUGAACUAUAUUCUGGGCAUUCUAAUACGACCGUCUAGUCAGAAACUAAAGAACUUAGUUAAAGUCAAUGCAACAAGACUGGGCUAUUGGGUCUUAGACAAAGAAUUGCGACAGCCACUAGCGAGUGGAUCAUCGAUAGUCUCGAUCGAUGGUUCAUGCACGACGAUCAUGACUCGCAAU